GCCGCCACAACCACCACCAUCACCUCGCUGCCCGCACCUCCCUCAUCCGCACCGCCAACCACCAUCUAGUGACAAGAUGAAAAACGAAACACCUGGGCCAUUCAAGAAGAAAGGGCUUUCCGCCACCGCUCCUGUUUUCAAAUUUGCCGGGAGGAAGGGAGUUCCCACCGAAGCGCAGGUGGCAGGAGCAGUGACAGAGCCCUUCCCUCGUAAUCGCUGGAGCCAGGGUCACACAGGUCAGGUCAAGGGGAAGGAGGAGAAGCAAGAGAAAGAGGGGAGGCGCGGGACGCGAGAGAAAGAAGAGAAGGGAGAGAAAAAAGGGAAGGAAGAGAAACUUGUCACCGAGGACGACCUAUUCCUUGCAGCGCUCUUGUUGGAAGGCGAGACUGAUGAUCUUUUGCAACAGUCUCAUCCUUUUGCUGUGAGCAUCACGAAUGUGAGCAAUCAUCCCUUUAAUUCUAUUAUAGUUCCGAGCUUCUGGGACCCUUUGGAAAAACAUGACAGCGGCUCUAGAAAUUGGGGUCGUGAGGUGUGGAGUACUGCUUGUAAGCUCUUUCAUUAUUUGUUUUUAACUGAGGCCUACUGCGAAUAUAAGUGGGGAUGAUGAGGGUUGUAGUGGAUGAAUACUUACUUGCCUGCCCUCGAGAAAAAAGUCACCGAUCCGUCCCAAUUGCAGAAUGGGGAAUUAUCCAACGGCCUAGGUCCGGGCACUUGGGGUCAACAUCCGGUUUGUACUAGUGCCAAUUUGAUGGGCGUUCAACAGCAGCAUCCUGGUGUGGGUUCCGGGCCUCUGGUAAAAUAUACCGGUAAUCAAAGGUCGCCAUACCUAGUCACUCCAGGGCACAAUUACCCUAUAGGCCCGGGUCUGAUGCUCCCCGGAUUAGGUCCCCGGCCGCUAUACUCUCAGGUUCAUAAUGCCCCGGGGUUUUCAGGUGGGCCCCAGGGAUGCCCCCAAGGCCCCAAUGUUGGCUUCUAUCAUGGUACAGAAAUGGUUCCCUUCUCUCAUGCAACCUUCCUUCCCCCAUAUGCACCCUUCUCACAGCACCCAGGAUUCCCACCGCAAGUGUUUGCCCUCUCUCAAGAGAUGAGCCAACUGCAUGCUCUGCAGAACGAGAUGAGUCGAGGGAAGAGGUCCCGCAAUGUUUCCAAUGAGCACAGCCCGGGGAAAGGAGGUAGUAGCUUACCUCCGCUUCUAGACCUUGACUUCCCGGAACGCUACGAGCAAGAGGGCCAGCACACACCCGAGAUUUCCGAGUCCCACUACACCGACAUUAGCCCCACCAACGUUGGCCAUGGCAACGAUGAGCGGGAGCUCAAGUCCCGCGGCGUCUUCCUCCGUGGUGUCCCCCGCAUAGCCUCUCACUCAGAGAUCUUCCAGAACAUCCGAGGCGGCACAAUCGACCAAGUUUCCCUCCAGGGCCGUGAGGGACCACUGAUAGACAUCAACAUCUUCUUCACCACUCAGGCAGCUGCGAAGGCCUACGCUAACUACGUCACUGACCACGGCGGAAUCUUCUGGUACAGCGAACGCCUCCCAUCCGAAGCGAGCCUCAUCCCCUCCCGGGACCCCGGGCUCCUGAACAUGGACGAGGAGACCGCCAAAGCCGUCGCGGACAACUUCACCAGGUGCAUUUCUAUCUCUGAGAUCCCGCUGCGCGUCUGCGAGUCUCAACUGCGCACAGAUAUCCAGUCCCAGACUCGCAGGUUCAGGAUCGACUAUGAGGCGUUCGAAUUCAAAUAUGUGGAUUCGGCCAAAGGGCGGACCGCCGCGGCCGAGAUCAGGUUCCCCUCCGUCAAAAUUUGCAUGGCUAGUAUUGAGACCUUGAGGGCGCUUGAUGCCUACAAAGAGUGCGUUAUGACCCCUGUUAAGGAUGGGUGCGCUGGUCCAUUGUCGGAACUGGAGGGUAAGUGGAGAGUGGAGUAUGAGUGGUGCAAAGCUCAGGGGAUCUUUAGGAAUCAGAGGUUCCCUAUCACUACACCCGCAGAUAAGGGGCAGGAAUCGAACGAGGGGUUAAUCAAGAGUUCAUGA